AUGAGCAUAAUAAAGAAACCUUCCAUGGAGGAAUACUGGAAUACUACAAUGAUCAGCCAACGAUCAAACUGGUUCAAACACACAAUGGGUAGAAACCGAUUUCAGAAUAUUCUGAAGUUUCUCCACAUCAACGAUUGCAGACAUGUUGCCGAGAGAAAUCAUCCUGGGUAUGAUCCAUCUGUCAGAUUUCGACCUUUAUUGCACUUCGUCAAUCGACAAUUCAUGCGCUUCAAGGUUCCAAACAGGGAGUUAUGCGUGGACGAGUCUCUUGUACCAACAAAGGGACACAGCGUUCUUCGACAGUACAUCCCAUCAAAGGUCGCGAGGUAUGGGGUCAAGUUUUGGGUACUGUGUGAGUCCUCUACAGGUUACGUGCUUCAGAUGCAAGUUUACAGGGGACGUGAAUUCGACCCAGUUCCACCAGGACAACUCCAAGGAACAAACGUAGUUGUAGAGCUCCUACAAGGAUCGUCACUUCUUCAUAAAGGCUAUCACGUAUUUUGUGAUAGUUUCUUCACGUCCUUGAAUCUUGGACACAGACUUCUCCAACUUAACACAUACUUGACCGGAACUUUACGAAAGAAUCGACCAAUGCCGCACCUCGUCAAGGACGCAAACCAGCCAGGGAACACUGUCUACUUGCGACGUGGCGACUUUUUGUGUCUGUCUCAUUUCGGCGCAGAUGAAAAGAAACCUGUCAGGUUGCUAUCGACUAUUCUACCAGCACAAGAACUGGGAUCAGGUAAACCGCGUGUCAUCGCAUCAUACAAUACCAACAUGGGAGCGGUAGACAUGAAUGAUGGUAUUCUACAUUCAUAUGGAAAGCAGAGGAAAUGCCAAAAGGUAUGGAAGAAAAUACUGGUGCAUUUAUUGUUUAGAGUAAAAAGCCGCCUGCAGUAUAUCCAAGCCGUUAUUGAAGCACUCGCUGGAACGAAGAAACCUGACAACCCUCGCCGCCGAGCAGUGAAGAAAGUUUCCUUAAUCACUUUGCCACAAAAGAAGGAGAAAGACUGCUGUGUCUGUUCUUCACGUAUGCGCCAUGGCCGUGGAAUACGUCGUCGGAGCAGAACGAUUUGUUCAUUGUGUGAGCGGGGACUUCAUCGCCAAUGUAUUGGACGGCAUUUGAACUGCAUUGAACAAUAG